UUCCAGAUGGCUCACCUGGUCCCCCUCAAGCCCUACGCUGCCCCAGUCCCUCGCUCCCAGUCUCUCCAGGACCACCCCACCCGAAACCUGGCCGCCUUCCCCACUCAGGAACCCUCCACGCCCUCCCCCACCCCCUCCCACCCGCCGCACCCCGUCCCGAGGAGACAUGGUGCGCCAGAACUCCGACCCCACCCCCCGAGGGCCCCGCCCCCCUGCCCCGGCCAAUCAAGGACGAGAACGGCCCCUGGGUCAGGAUCCAGGAGGCGGAGCAACCCCCCCAAGGUUCCCCAGAGAACGACUUCCAUCGCCACUGCCCUGAACAGCAGCCUCUCCACAGGAAACAGGCAACCAGCGAGAGCAAGUAAUCCAGAUCUGCGGAGGAACGAGGGAUGGGAGAGGGGGGACAGCCUGGCCUCUGUGUCUAACCUGCCCCAGACAGGCUCUCUGGAGCGCCAUCGUGUGGCGGUUCCCAGUAAGCUGGACAGUUCUCCGCUCCUCUCUCAGGACAGCAGGGUGAAGCCGGAAGAGUCACGCACCACCUCCCGCCCCGGCAGACCAGCGAGCUAUAAAAGAGCAAUAGGAGAGGAUCGCGGGCUGUUCCCCAAAGAAAAGCCGGAGGACGGGCCUCGCCCCCCAGUGAAGGUCAUGGACUACUCUUCAUCGAGCGAGGACUCGGGAGAGAGCAGCGAGGAGGAGGAGGAGGGGGAGGAGAGAGGAGAGGAGAGCCGAGAGCGGCUGCGCAGGGGGAGGGAUGGUGACAGCGACAGUGUCAGCACCAUGGUGGUGCACGAUGAGGAGGAGCCCCCCCACGUCAACACGAGCAGCGACUUCGGAGAGCAGACCCUCCUGCUGCAGAGAACCCCCGAGGAGCAGCGCAGUCACAAUGGAUACACAAACCUGCCAGAUGUAGUACAACCUGGACACUCCCCGACCGACCCCAAGAGUCAGGGGGCUUCCCCCAGCAAGGAGGGGGGCUACGACUACCAGUCCCGUGGUCUAGUCAAGGCUCCUGGAAAGGCCUCCUUCACCACCUUUGUUGAUCUGGGGAUGUACCAGUCACAGGGGGGCGCUAUGGAGGGCGUCUCAGUCGGGGGUUUCAUUGGGGGGGAGGCCUCGCGCUUGGAGCAGCUGAAGUUCGAGGUGCGGAAGGGCUCCAUGGUUAACGUGAACCCCUCAAACACGAGACCCCACAGCGACACCCCAGAGAUCCGCAAGUACAAGAAGAGGUUCAACUCGGAGAUACUGUGCGCAGCGCUGUGGGGGGUGAACCUGCUGGUCGGCACGGAGACCGGGCUGAAGCUCCUGGAUCGCAGCGGGCAGGGGAAGGUCUACUCCCUCAUCAACGGCCGACGCUUCCAGCAGAUGGAGGUCCUGGAGGGGCUCAACCUGCUGAUCACUAUAUCAGGUAAGAAGUAUAAGCUGCGUGUGUACUACCUGUCCUGGCUGAGGAAUAAGAUCCUUCACAACGACCCUGAGGUGGAGAAGAAGCAGGGCUGGACCACAGUGGGGGAGAUGGAGGGCUGCGUGCAUUACAAAGUGGUGAAGUACGAGCGGAUCAAGUUCCUGGUGAUUGCUCUGAAGAGCUCGGUGGAGGUGUACGCCUGGGCACCCAAACCCUACCACAAGUUCAUGGCCUUCAAGUCGUUCGCUGACCUGCCCCACCGCCCACAGCUCGUGGACCUGACGGUGGAGGAGGGUCAGAGGUUAAAGGUCAUCUACGGGUCGAGCGCCGGGUUCCACGCCAUUGACGUCGAUUCGGGGAACAAUUACGAUAUCUACAUCCCCGUCCACAUUCAGAGCCAGGUCCUGCCCCACGCCAUCGUGUUCCUGCCCCUGUCGGACGGGAUGGAGAUGUUGCUGUGCUAUGAGGACGAGGGCGUCUAUGUGAACACCUACGGGCGGAUCAUCAAGGACGUGGUGCUGCAGUGGGGCGAGAUGCCCACCUCCGUGGCGUAUAUCUGCUCCAAUCAGAUCAUGGGCUGGGGUGAGAAGGCGAUUGAGAUCCGCUCGGUGGAGACGGGGCACCUGGACGGGGUGUUCAUGCACAAGCGCGCUCAGAGACUCAAGUUCCUGUGUGAGCGCAACGACAAGGUGUUUUUCGCUUCUGUCCGAUCGGGAGGCAGCAGCCAAGUUUACUUCAUGACUCUGACUAGGAAUUGCAUCAUGAACUGGUAAAGAAAGAAAGAAAGAAAGAAAGAAAGAAAGAAAGAAAGAAAGAAAGAAA